AUGUUCCCCAGCAUUGGUUCUGCAACAACCCCAGACGGCAAAGAAGAAGUAGAAGAAGAAGAAGAACCCUGCUUCCUUGAUACACGACUACUUCUCUUCAACAACCGACGCCUUCUCCCCCGCGACAAUCCACCACACCCACCAGCAUUCAGCCACCCAACCAGCAAAGCACGUCGCCCGCUGCCGCCCGCCAACUACCAAACCGGAACCUGUAUUGCCGUGCUCAACCACCGCUUUCCUGCCUUCCCCGCUUCCCACCCACCCACCACGUUUCUCUCUCAGGCCCCAUCACAGCCAGUCACCCUAACUAUUUUUUUCAACUUCAUUUUUACCCUUUUCAUCCUGUUUGCUUGUCUGCAGACGCACCUCGUCUUAUCAAUCCUGAUUCGACUUACAUUGGCGUGCCUGCAUCCAGAUGACCCCGUCGUCUUGUUGUCUGGUCAACUUUGUUCUGCCUGUUGCUGCACUCGUCUUCCCACCUUGUCGCUCAACAACAACAAGCUGCACGGCAGCCGUCCACACGCAACACACAAACACACCAUCUACCGGGAUGAGAGCGAGGACUCUGCCGGCUCUACCCCCGAGGGUGAACGGAACCCUAUCACUCCCGUUGCCGCAGAACCCGUGCCGCCCAAGCGAAAGGGUGGCCGCAAGCCUAUCUAUGCUACCUCUGAGGAGCGCAAGCAAAGAAACAGACAAGCUCAGGCUGCCUUCCGCGAGAGGCGCACCGAGUACAUCAAGCAGCUCGAGGAGACCAUCCAGGUCCACGAGACAAACCUGCAUAAUCUGCAGAGUGCCCAUCGCAAUGCUGCCGAUGAGUGCCUCAUGCUGCGCUAUAAGAACUCGCUCCUCGAGCGCAUCCUUCUGGAGAAGGGCAUCGAUGUCCAUGCCGAGCUUCAGGCCAAGACGGGCAGCCCAACCCUUGGCCCCAGCCACAUGCCGCAGAAUAUGGUCCAACCUCCACCUCUCCACAGACCCAUCAUGAACCGUGCUCGCAAGUCGGUGUCUGCUCUUGCGCCUAAAGUUGAGGCUAGCAACACUGCUGCUACGAGCGGCAUCAAACCCGAGACAUCCCCCAAUACUCAUCCUACACCCCUCAACAACACAGGCUCUGCCUUUUCCCAAACCACCGAGAAUACCGCUAUCAAAACUCCCCACGGUAGUGGCUCUCGCUCACAGAUGCCUCCAAUCCUUACUGGAGCAUCAGCCCAACCAAUCAUGCAGCGUCGUUCUAGCUCCAUUGUCGGGUCUGGAGGCCCCUUCUUCGCUACCCCUACUUUCCACAGCCACCUUGACUCGCUCGAGCAUGAAUAUGAUCAGCACGCCGACAUGAUGCAAGACUCAGAGCUGGACAAUGGAGCUCACACGGAGCCUUACCCUCACUCCUUCGGUAGUGGAGACAGCAUGAUUGUCUCGCCCACUUCUGCCACCGCAAGCCACCAGAUUCCUGGAUCGGGCCCGGGCUUUUCUUCCAUGAGCCAGCUUCUGGAACAAAACAUGGAUUGGGAUCCUUUCGGUCUCAGCGCCAGCAUGAACUUCCCAACCCAACAAUUUCCCUUCGAACAGUCUGCAUCGAUGCGAUAA